AUGCCAUCUUGUGCCUCAGAAAAUUCACCUCCGGGCAGGUCCGGCCCCGGCUACACCCGCCGCCGAGCCCUGACAGGGCCACCAGCGCCUCAGGCCCGGCCGCCGCGCCGCCUCCUUCCCCCCUGCCGCAGCCCGGCGGCCUGCGGGGGAGGCGGCGCCCACCCGGGGGUUGCCCGGCACCGGCUGCCGGCGGAACCCGUUUAUGCCCAAGCAGGCUCCGGCACCGAGCCCGGCGGCUCCCCGCACUCACCUUGCCCGCGGCGGAGGGGAAGGGAGGGCCGAGCCGGAGGCGCCGCCGCCGCCACCACCUCCUCCCCUCCAGGUGUUCCAGCGCCGGCGGCGUCACAGCGGCCAACGGAGCCGCCUCUACCGGCGCGGGCGGCCCCCGCAGCGGGGCGGAGCCGCCGCCGCCACCGCCCGCCUCAGCCCAGCCCCCGAGGCGGGAGGGCGGCGGCCGACAGGUCCGCGGCCACCUCGGCCUCGGCUUCCUCCUCCUCCUCCUUCCCCGGCCGCCCUGUGAGAGAGGCCUGA